CGUCAGGAGACAGAACACAAGGAGGAAAGACGGGCGGAUUAGCCGAGAAAGUGCUGAUGGAGCAGCUUCCUCGCAGCCAUGCAUUGGAAGUUAAUGCUGUGACAACAUCCCAGGAGUCUCCUUGAACCUUUUCUCCGGCUCAGAUACGUCUAUGACGUCAGAUGGCUAAUGCGUUUGAUCUUUCCGUUUCUUUUUUUUUUUUUUUUUUUUUACCUCUUUAGUAAUAAACAUGUUUUUUUAAUCAAGGGUUUUUGCUGAAAGCUGAUAACUAGCUAGGGGUAAAGACGGCUGUCCAUGCUUCAGAGAAAAACAAGGCACCGCAGUCUGGAAGCGUUUUUUUUUUUCCUUUUAAGAGGGAAAUCCUCGGUAGAUGCCACUCAGGUGUUCCAUGUGCCGCUGCUGUUGUUGCUGUAAGGCGCAGAAAGCCGGCAGGAUGGAGGUGUCCUGCCUGGAGCUGGCUUUGGAGGGUGAGCGGCUCUGUAAGGUGGGCGACUACAGAGCGGGCGUCUCCUUCUUUGAAGCUGCCAUCCAGGUGGGCACAGAAGACCUGCAGGUGCUCAGCGCCAUCUACAGCCAGCUGGGCAACGCCUACUUCCACCUGCACGACUACGCCAGAGCGCUGGAGUUCCACCGUCACGAUCUCACCUUGACCAGGACCGUCGGGGACCUGCCCGGAGAAGCCAAGGCCAGUGGAAACCUGGGCAACACGUUGAAGGUGCUGGCUCGGUUUGACGAGGCCCUGGUUUGCUGUCAGAGGCACUUGGACAUCGCCCGGGACAUAAACGACAAAGUCGGCCAGGCGCGAGCCCUUUACAACUUCGGCAAUGUGUACCACGCCAAGGGCAAAAGCAUCUGCUGGAGCGGGGCCGAGCCUGGAGACUUCCCUGAAGAGGUCAUGGCGGCGCUGAAGAAAGCGGCGGAGUACUACGAGGCAAACCUGGCCAUCGUGAAGGAGCUCGGAGACCGGGCCGCUCAGGGCCGGACUUACGGCAACCUGGGCAACACACACUACCUGCUGGGGAACUUUGGUAAAGCCGUGGCGUCUCACGAACAGCGUCUGCUGAUAGCCAAGGAGUUUGGCGACCGCUCCGCAGAAAGACGGGCGUACUGUAACCUUGGCAACGCCUUCAUCUUUUUGGGGGAAUUUGAAGUGGCAGCCGAGCAUUACAAACGGUCGCUGCAGCUGGCGCGGCAGCUGAAGGACCGGGCUGUGGAGGCGCAGGCCUGCUACAGCCUGGGUAACACCUACACAUUACUGCAGGACUAUGAGAGAGCCAUAGACUACCACCUGAAACACCUCAUUAUAGCGCAGGACCUCAACGACAGGAUAGGGGAGGGUCGAGCCUGCUGGAGUCUUGGAAAUGCUCACACUGCUCUGGGGAACCACGAUCAAGCCAUGCACUUCGCCGAGAAGCACCUUGAGAUCUGCAAAGAGACCGGCGACAGGAGCGGGGAGCUGACGGCCCGUAUGAACGUCUCCGAUCUCCAGACAGUUCUGGGUUUGAGCUAUAGCACAAAUAACUCCACGCUGUCGGAAAACAAGGAGAUAGACUACAACCUACACGGAGCAAAGCCCAGGAUGAGCAGACGCCACAGCAUGGAGAACCUGGAGCUGAUGAAACUCACCCCAGACAAGAUGAACGGUCAGAAGUGGAGCAGCGAAAUCCUGACAAAGCAGUCCAAACCCUCCCUGACCAAGAGCUCCUCCAAGCUGUUCUUCGUCAGCCGCCUGCGUGGGAAGAAGUACAAGGCUGGGGGCUCCACUAAGGUCCUCCAAGACACCAGCAACACCCUGGGCACAAGUCAGACGUCCGCACAGGGGCCUCAGAAACGGCCCACUCCUGACAUGCUGGGAGACGAAGGCUUCUUUGACCUUCUGAGCCGGUUCCAAAGCAACCGCAUGGACGACCAGCGAUGCUCCGUGCAGGACCGAGGCAGCAGGUUGUCGUUGAACAGCGGGCCGGAUUCACCCCCCAGGACCAUCAGGAAAUCUGUAUCGGAGUCCGUGAACGUAUCCGGGUCGUCUGGGAGGCGGCUGGAGGAGUCGGCGGCGGCGGGGGGGAGCCUGCCAGGUCUGAGGCUCAAUCAGAGCAGCAACCAGGCCGUGCUGAGCCACCUGAUGGCCAACGCCGACAACGCCGAGCCUGAUGACGACUUCUUCGACAUGCUCGUCAAGUGCCAGGGCUCCCGCCUGGACGACCAGCGCUGCGCCCCGCCCCCUCCGCCGGUCCGGGGACCGACCGUCCCAGACGAGGACUUCUUCAGCCUCAUCAUGCGCUCUCAGGCCAAACGGAUGGACGAGCAACGCGUCACGCUGCCUCCUGCCGCCAGGAACGCCUCCAACUCGGACUGAACCGAGCACUAAAAAAGGGACACAAAAAAAAUUUACUUUUCUAAUCUCAUGAAGUCAUGGACUGCAAAGUGAUUAACUCAAAGUAUUUUGUAAUUAGUUUUUUCGUGUCCUUACAUUUGUCCUUAUGGACGAAACAAAGCACUGUAAACAUUGUACAGAAGAUUAUGGAAAAAAAUCUCAAAUUAACCAGUUUGUUUCGCACAACUUGCACACCAGCAGUUUUAACAGUAGCUUUAGGGACUCCUUUCUUCUGUUUUUGAAUGGUUGUUUAUGAAUGAUUUGUAUUUCUCCUCUUUAGUGUAUUUUUCAAUGCACAGCUGCAGCUAUCUUUGUAUUUAUUGUACUUUUUUUCAAUCCUGUUUACUGCCGUCCCAGAAUAAUCUGCUUAGGCUCACGUCUGCGAAUGAGUUUGUCUGAGAAAGAAGGCGAUGAUCUGGUUUGCUCUACGAGUUCCCAAGGACUUUCAAAUGAAAUUAACAUGGAAUAAACCUCAAAUUUAACUAGAGGGGAGCUCUUUUUUUUUCUACUUUGUAUGAAAUGUUUGAGUGAGUUCAGGAAUAAAAAUGUAGAGAUCCUG